UAGGUAUAGUAUGUACAGUAAAAUAAAAAGCCACAUGUAAGCGUUCGAUAGCAAAGCCGGUGAUUGUUUAAUUAUUUUUAUUGUUCGUAAAUAUAAAAAACAAUGGAAGAAAAAACUGGAAUUGAUGAUGCCUGGACACCUUUUAAAGAACUUCAAAAUUUUAUUGAACGUUAUGUUGUAUCUGCAUCGACUACACAUGAUCCCCAGUAUCAUGAAUUUAUGGAGACAUUGCGAAAUCAUCGACAGAAUUUUCUGUCCCUGUUGAAAAAUCAGCCAAAAGAUGCAAAAAGUCGUGAAGAAAUUCAAAGAGGAAUAACUGAAAGUGUGACACUGCCUGGCUUAGGAAAUCAUGUCUUAUCAAAAGAAUUAGUCGACGAAACGCUAAUAAUAUCAGACAUGUACGAUUUGAACGAAUUCGUAGCCCUGGAUCUUUUGUGUACAGCCCAACUACAAAUGUCACAUCAUCCAGGUUUGACUCGUGGCCUGACCGCAAUUUUACUGUAUUACGACGGUAGAAAAGCACUAACGUCAGCUCUGAGAACUCUAGUACAGGCGCGCAUUGGCCACAGUUGGGUUCUAGACACGCCCGUGGCAUUAACAAAAAAAAUAACCGAGUACACGAAUAAAAUGAAGGAAGACGGGCUAUUGGAUCGCGUACUGUCGCUGCUAGAACAAAUGGACCCCAUAAAGGAGCAAGAUCUCUUGCAGCAGAAUCGCGCACUCGGUGGCCCCAAGCAUCAUCAGAUGGUCAUGCGGCUGUACAACGACACGCGACAGGACUUAGCAGACAUUCUUUAUCUCUGGUCAGCUCAGUCUUCAUUGCCGACUCAAAUAACUUUCAAAUUGCUGUCGUUUUUAAGAAGACGUCAACCAGAAACUGAUGUCAGAAAUGGCGGACCAGACAAAGUAACGCUCGCUUUAAUUAUGGCCUUACUAAAUGCCAUUAAUUUGAGCUCGCUCAAUAAUCGUGAAGACGGUGAAGUUAUCGUUAAAUCAGUGCCUUUGGUAGCUGAACGCGGUGUGCUAGAGGAAUUAUUCCAAGAGCUAAUGAACCCAAAUGUGUCAUGGGAAAAUUCAGGACUAUGUGGUUUAGUUCAAUUAGCGUUCGCUGUUGCUGUCACGACAAUUAAGUCAGCGUCAAAUCUAUCCAUUGGCCAGAAUAUAAAUCAAGAAGAUGAAAUUCUUGUCGAAGCUGCGUUGUCAAACAAAGCGUUCCAUUUUAUAACGAAUGUUAUAUUUAAAAACGAUGAUAUUUAUCAUGAAGAAUUUUAUUUACGUUACUUUCAUACAUUGAUAUCAGACUUUAUAACAUUAAUGCCAAUGAAAGUCAAAGAAUUGCGUAGCAAAGCUGAUGAAUUCAUGAGAUUUAUCACAGCCUAUCAGCAAGAAGGAGUUGAACCGCCAGUCAAUCCUGAUGAUCACUUUGAAUAUUUAAUGCUAACGGUAUCAGAAUUGUAUAAAAAGGACCCGCUUAAAUUAAAUCUUGUUCUUGAAUAUUGGUGUCAGAAUGACAACGUCAGUCAUGGAUCGUCAAACGUCCACGUUACGAGAUUGCCAGCCCGUCAGGUCGCGUUGUUCAAAUUUGUGCGCCUAGCCGGUGAAAUAUUGCCAGCUGGUCUAUUUGUCCCAUACUUGAAAAUGAUCGCGUCAUUGGCAUCAUCACCCCAAGCUGCCAGACACGCUUUCAAUUUUUUAAAACCCAACGGCUCUAGUGGAUCGCCGAUCUCAUGGGAUCAUUUUUUCAAUUCACUCAAUAGAUAUUACUACAAUUUACGUCAAGAGUUACCACCAAGUCAGGACACGAUUUAUCGUCAACGCUGUCAUCCUAAAGGAAUAACUCCGCACGAAGUAAAAGGUCUCGAAGCCGUACUGACAGUCGUGCAAAUCGUCGCUAAAUAUGAUGAGAUGUCACGCAUUGCGAUUUGUGAUCACCCAGGCUGGAAAGUCAUACCAGCGCUGAUAGGUCUCGUAGGAUGCGCAAUGCCUAUUCCCCUCAAAGGUGUUUUAGUUCGCACAUUAGCUGCUCUAGCCAAGUCACCAGAAAGCUCAAGUACCAUCUGGCAAAGUCUAGAAGUCGCGCAAAUUUUGUGUACCAUCCCAACGACCAGCAGCUAUCAGCCACGUGGUGUGCAGACAGAGCUAGAAGAAAUCGAAUCGCGCAACGAAGAAUAUCCGCUAACCCGAGCGAUGCUCGAAUUAUUGGAUGCUCUGCUAGAUUAUCCAAUUCCUCGCUUGCUUGGUGUCGGUCAAAGAAACCCAGGGUUCGAUCCCUAUUUGUAUUUUAUUAUCAACACAGUUUUUCUGAGAUUCAACACACGGUCGUAUAAAAAUCCAAAAGAAAAAUGGCAGGUUGCUGACGUCUGUUUGAAAAUCUUUAACAAACUAAUAGCGCAGUACGAGCCCAAUGUUGAUGACUUUGUUGGAUGCCGUGUUGAAUUGCAAGGCGGAGAAACUACUCUAGUUAAUCCAGAACCAGGUUAUCAUAUCAUGACUCAAUUGCACUCGAAUUCUGAAUUCUUGCAUGUAAUCCUUUACAUUCUUGAUGAAGGUCGUCAUAAUUUAGAAACCUACGACUAUUUUCCUGGCAAAGAAAGCCUGGAAAACAGUACAUUGAAUUGUUUACGAAUCAUCGAACGCGGUCUGCGAAUCCAGCAUCAAUACAUGACACAAUUGGCCGUUGCGACGUCUGAUAAAAUCCUGACUGGACUAUCGAAGCUCCUAUUGGGCGUCAAUCCACGAACUGGCAAACCGGAUCACAUGACUAAUAUUGCGAUCUACGUGACUUUUAACUCCUGGUUACAAAACCACGCUUACGUUGCUAUUGGAAUAAUCCAAGGUGUUGCCAAUGAACCAGGAGCUGAUACUGAAUUACUCUCAACAUUCACAUCAACGUCUCACCUGACGUUAAUUAUCAGACACGGGUUUGUCGAGUGUCUGGACAUGGAUCCAGCUGACGCCAGUGCUCAGAACGAGCAGGAAGAAGAAAAUAAAGAUAACCCAUCACCAGUGGGCAAUUGUAAGGACAGAAUUUUACUGCUGCUGAUGCAGAGCAUCGGAAGACCUGCGCCAAAUCUGGCUCACUACUUACUGGGAUUCGAUACCACAAAAGAUAUAAAAAAAACUGUAAUCCAGCAGCCCGGGAUCUUGGGAUUCCCACGGACAUGUCUGCAUUCCAUUCUUGGAAUACUUGAGCAGUCUUUGGAACGAGGAAGAGACAAAAUAACUGAAGCCUGUUACUGGUUCCUUCAUAUCCUAGCAUCCAACAACAAAACUUCUGUUCCAGUAUUGAGAUUUUUACGGACAUCAACCAACCAAGAUUUUGUCCAGCGGCAUUUGUCUAAGUUACCGUUUCAAGGCAAAAAUCGCGCCACUGAAUUGACUUGUAUGUCAUGGCUGUUAAAAUUAGCAGCCAUCGAAUUGCACGUCACUGGAGGCAGCUUACAAAAUAGUCUCGUUCAAAGACUAGUCGGUAAUCCAACGCAAGACCGCGACCAAGUUUUGCCGCCGUCACAAAAAUUACUGAUGGAUUUACUUCACUACAUAGACUUUGAAUUACAACUCGAGCCGACUAAAUCCUGGGAGUUUUUCGAUCCGUCACAAGUCGAAAUGGUCUUGGGUAAAUGCUGUGUCCCUCUUACACAAAAUAUCGGUCCGCAGUUGAUAGACAUAAGACGCCUGCAUUUAUUAAUAAAAGAAGAACUUUCUGUGACCCAGAACAGCGCAACUGCAACUCAACGCAAGUUAAUGCAACAAGAAUUACAAUCGAUUUUAGCGUACGCAUUGAAACGCAAUCAAACAAAGACGUUGUCUUACGCGACUGUUAAAUUCGUUGAAGGCUGGUGCCAAGCCACAGAAAUAUUAUUCUCGAUCGCUACAUCCCAACAAUUGCCAACAAGUCAAAGACAAAAUAUGCUGCUUAAUUUAACCCACGAUUUGUUACAGAAAAUGACAUCAUGCGAGGCAUUGAAUGAAAUAAAAACUCUAGUAUCUGGCACAGUAUUGAUGCUUCUAGUUAAUUUAAAAAACACAUUCGCAGUCGACAAUGAAGAAAACUCCGAAAUAUUGCUGUCAUCUUCGCCAUCUUACGCCACGACAAUGAAAAUAAUCCUCAGCCAUAUUCUCCAAUGGAUACUAAAUUCCGGUGCAUCGUCACAAAAAGUCCGCACUCAUUUGUACGGCGCGUUGCUGAACUUCCUCUGCGUUGUCGGUCUUGAAAAAUCGGAAUUUUCUAACCUCACUUCGGGCACGACUUACGUCAGUCAACUUGACAAUUCACUUUACCGCUCGCUGACGAUCAACGAACGUUCCCAUCGCUACGCUACAAUCCAAGUGAUAAACGGAUUCGGCGACAAACUUAUGGAUAUUGUCUGCCAUAAUUGUUCCGGUGGCCAUGACGUUUGCAAAAUGCUGGCGCUUUCUUGCCUCGAUAAAAUUCUCGAAUUAGAUUGCGACAAUUCCUGGAUCGUUUAUUUAGCAAGUCGCGGAUACAUGAAGCACAUGAUAGACAGUCUUCUAGAAUCAGAUAAUCUAUUACGGAGUAUGCUGCAACCGGACCCAGUGACGUUACGUCCAUUGUAUCUUUACGAAGCCAAAAUGGCGACAUUCUGUCGCAUGGCAUCCUCAAGACUCGGCGCUGAAAGUUUAUUAGAAAAUAAAAUACUGUCAUGCCUAUCCAGCAUCAGUGUCUUUGAUCAACAUCCAGACAUUCAAAUAAGUUUUGAAACAAGUGAUUCAUUUUUACCAUCUAUUGGACAACGUUACCAACAAAUUUUACUACCGGCCCUUUACUUAUGCGACGCACUUCUGACAACCCUAGGUACAGAAAAUCAGUCAUGUGCAAUCCAAGUCUGCGGUUUUAUCCAAAGCCAUCGCGAUACCGUCGAGAUGAUUUUGCGUGCAGCGGCGCCAAAUUCAAACAAUUCAUUUUUGAAUCAAGUCGCCUGUCUAACCGGUGUUAUUGCACGUUCGGCAAAUAUCGACAUGUAUCAAUUGGUAGAGAGAGAACUCAUUAGCAUUGACAAUGCAGACGUAGAUCGUAAUAACAUUGAAAGCAACAAUGGCAUGAGAGAAUUGCGCGCGCAUUUGUUUAGACUACAAAAAUUAAUGGUGUCAUUGUUACCUAAGUUCAAUAAUCAAUCAUCGGACUAUUCAAAUGACCAUGAAGUGAUUGUCCAGCAACAAUACUCCUCAGUUAAAAUAGUCGCUAAUGUGUUACUUUAUGCGCGCAAUCAAAUGCAGCACACGCACAUGGAUCAGAAAAUACGCAACUUAUUAUUUGAACCCUACUUGACUAAAACAAGUAAAGACAGCAAACGCGGUGGCGACGGCUGUGGUGUAGGAUUGGGUUCAAUUGUUGAUCAGCUUGUGUCUGCAACGACGUUAUUACACUCGGAAUUACCUCACUUGCGUAGUUUAUUGAUGACCAUAGAUGUCGUAAAAAAUAUGAGUUCGACGGACUUGAAAAAAUAUUUGAUACCAGAGGAAAUGGAAUUGGAUAUGACGAAGCAGAAAAUAGUCGUUGGCAAACGUUUGGAAAAAGCUGCUAAUGAAAAACGUAAAAAUAUUAAGUAUUGCUCGAUUAUCGUCGAGCAUUGUCUGUACAUUCUUUGGAGUCACUUAGAUUUUUACACAACUAGUUCAACAUCUAAAUAUAAUAAGAGUCAAUUCGUUGGGAUAGAUGAUAGCAGUUUUGUUAUUUCUGGAGAUAUAUUGUCUGAUUUGAAGCAGGGCAUUGUCAGUGUACUCAAUGAUAGCUUUGUUACGCAGAUUGUCGACUUGUCACAGCAUGAAUAUUCAAUGGUGGAACAGACGUUCGUUGAAGCAUUAAUUAGAAGGAUAAAACGUUUAUUACAAUUUAUUAUUUUGAAAUGAUAUUAUUUUUUAAGUACUGCCAAUUUGUAUUCUUUAUUUCAUUAAUCAAAUAAACUGUUAAUUUUUAAAAGUAAA